AUUGAUUGCUUAAAUCAGAAUGGUUGUACGAAGAAAGAAGGGAAAGAAAGAAAGAAGAUAUCACUCUUCCUUUUUAAUAUAAAGGAAAGCGCGUUACGUUUUAUGAUUCGAUUUAGGGGGGAAACACAAUUUACUGUUUGAUUUCUAACCUUAAAUAUGAGCACGCGAAAUUGCCAUAAUUAAUUUUCAUACAAAUAAAGACUAUUUCUUGACGUUUAGGGUAAAAGUUUAAACCCAUAACUGACCUUGUACAUAAAUGACUCCAAAUUAUCUUCUAAUAACAGUUGAUUUUUCAAAAAAGGAAUGGAUGACAGAUGACUGCAAAUCUCCACAAAAAAUGAGUUCGGAUGUCAACACUUUUUUUCCUUUUCAUGCGAGCUCGGACAAAUUCAAACGAUAGCAAUGGAAAAUAACUAACAAUCGCUUUCGCAACGCUCUCAAUGCACCCUAAUCGCAGUUCCUACGUUUCGUGUACCAACUUAAUCUAGAAAGAAGCUUCUAACAACUUAAAAAAAUCCGAAAUUUGAAACCAACAACCAACCAACGAAUAGAAAGCACAUAAAUUUUGUGACUAAUGUUAGACAAACAAAAAAAAAGGAGUUGAAAGAUGGAUAGGCAGACUGACCUUCUAGCCGGAAGAAUGCCGGCGGAAGGACCAUACGAGUUGAACUUGCCGGACCGGACCGCAUCGACAAUGGCGUCUUCCGCCGCCGAGUCGGUACGGAAACAAGGGAACGACGAAGGGUCGCCGUGGCCCAGCUCUAUCAGCGGCCUCUGGUCUUCCUUGUUCAGAUUGUCCAUCAGAGCGAACCGGACCUCCCGGAUUGUGGCUACCGCCGCCUUUGACCGCGCUUUGCCGUUGCCGUUUGCAGCGCCGUUCGCCGCCGCCUGAAAAUGCCAGACUUUCUUCGUUCCGUUUUCCAUGGCGGCCGCCUCUUCUCUGAAUAAAUCUUCCCUUCUCUGUCUUGCUCUGUUUCCGCUGCGGAUUUGUGGGGGGCUUUUUCCUGUGCCUGUAACCUGCUGUUAUAUAGAGGCAGAGCUGCAGGGUUUUCGCUCACGGAACGACAACGUACGAGCAGUUCCAUAUCCUGUGGUCGGCCUCAUUAAAAUAAUAAAUAAAAUGCUUAAUUACAAUUACAAGUAGGUAGGAGCGGUCUCAAUGGUGUGUAAUAAUCCGGUCCCAUCAGUUUGGUCUGGACCGGAUCGAACCGUUAUAUACCCCUAGCGGUUAUAUUUCGAGUGGAUCAGACCAAAACUAAAUAGAUAAUGAGGAC